AUGGCAUAUCAUAUGCUCACACUUGCUACGAUUUCACAUGGCACCAAUGACAUGAACGGUCCCGUAUGGACACCCGGAUCCCCGUGCCCAACAUCGAUCACCGCACAGAUCGGCACUUCAGGUGGUGACUGGUGCGCGGACGAACCCGAUGGGCCUUAUUGUCGCUUUCCAAACACCACAAUUAUUCACACUGCUUUACUACAUUGCCCCGCUGUGGAAGAACUAGACAUCUACUUCGAAGUAGGAGGAUGCACAGGCCCGGAAGUCGAUCGCUGGAACCUACCUGUCGAACUUUUGGGGGAAGGGCAGAAGUACCCGCCACUCAAGCGAUUGAUAUUGGACGGGUACUCCUUCGGGGGUAUUUGGGAGAGAAAAGAAGAAGAAGAACAGGGUACGGAUCUAAAGCUUUAUGAAGACGAAUGGGAUGACUACGAAGCACGUUGGUCCCCAAAUGCGUACAUCGACGAAAAAAACGCAUGGGUCGAAGAGAAACAAGCACGCGAUGGGGAAAGUAAGACGAAUCUCGACAUGUGGAUCGAAGCUAUGGAUUGGAGUCAGCUGAAGGAAUUAAGUAUCAACACGAGGCGAAGCGAGAUGGCGGAGGUCGCCUCCAAGCUACCACAGCAGCUUAUAUCACUAGAAAGCUUACACUUGAACUCUCCCGCAUUCAUACAGGGUUUGAAAGAGCACACUGUCAAGAAUCUCAAGUGGGUUGGUCAGACAAAGAAAGGGCAACUCGAACAUAUCCUUCAACUCCAGGGAAAGAGUUUGCAGAGUGCGGAGUACAGAUGCGGCGAGGCCGUGUGCUCAGACUGGCCACAGCACGUGAAUCUAUCCGCGAUUGGAGAGCUUGCACCGCAGCUGCAGCACAUCAGCCUCAACAUGCCGCGCGUCAACGGUACAUGGCCUUUGAAAGAACUCGAAAGCUUGGCCAGUAUACCAUCACUCACAUCUAUGGAAUUGUAUUUCCGAUUACAGUCUGAUUGCGAACUAUACGGGCAGUAUCUCGGUCGCUGUCACAGAUGUGGCAAGGCGUAUCGAGAAUGGAAGCACGAGAAUUGGGAGACGGGACAUUGCCUGGGCGAGCAGAGAUACGCAUCGCCCCUGUUGAAUUCUACCACUGCGCAGGAAAUGUUUACAUACCUACGGCUUAACAAAGUUGGUGCUGAGCUUAGAGAGAUAACAUUCAAGGCUGGUGAUUGGGCGGGACCGUACGAUGGGCCAUUACGUUUAGAUAUGUUUCUCGAUGGCAAGUGGGUGAAAGUGACCUGCAAAGCAGAUUCUGGGGGGGAUUUGUGCGAUUACGAAGACCAGUACACCCAGGGAACGGAAGACCUAUGGUAA